UCCUCUCCUCUGUUCCGUGUCUCUCUUCUUCUCGUCGCGAGGGGAGGAGGAACAGGAGCUCCGCCCCGGCUGGGAUACGUUCCGACCCGGCGGCCACCGGCCGGAUUCUGGGCAUCUCCACCGCGCUCAUCAAGCCCUGCAGCCUCCAUCAUUCAUCAAACCUAGCGGAAGCGGCCGUGCUUCUGCAGGAACAGUUUCUUCUGAUCAGGUGGAGUCAGUUAAGCAUUUUCCAGUUAAGAGAAGCUUUGUGCUUCUCCACCAUGUCUGGGACGGCUGGUAAUACCAAGUUCCUCCUGUGGCUGCUCCUCUUGAGCACGACCAGCUUAUCAUCGUCGUGCUUUGGUUCCGAGCUUGAUAUCAAAUGCCUCAAGACUUUAAAACAGUCAGUGAUUGAUCCCAACGGCAUACUGGAAUCCUCAUGGAAUUUCAACACCACCACCAAAGGUUUCAUAUGCCAGUUUACAGGUGUGGAGUGCUGGAGCCCCAACGACAGCCGGGUUCACGCGCUGAACCUCAGCGGCUUGGGUCUUGAAGGCCAGUUCCCUCGAGGUCUCGAGUACUGUACAGGCUUGUUCGGGCUGGACCUGUCGAACAACAAAUUCUCAGGACCCAUCCCUUGGAACAUCGCGCAGCAGGUGGCAUACUUGACAUCUCUUGACCUCUCCUACAACAGUUUUUCAGGUGAGAUCCCAGUCGACAUCUGCAGAGACCUGAACCUCCUGAACAUUCAGCACAACCAACUCAGCGGUCAAAUUCCAAGGGACUUCGAUGAGCUUCUUCGGUUAGCAUCGCUCAAUGUCGCAGACAACCAGUUGUCUGGGCUUAUUCCUUCGUCUUUGUCCAAGUUCCCGGCGUCGAGCUUCUCUGGUAACCAAGGGCUCUGCGGCCCACCGUUGGAUGAUUGUGGCAAGACAAACGACUCGAGUCUGGUAUCGUACAUCGUCAACGACAUGAUCAAAGACGACUUCGUUGUUGUUGGCGCCGCUGCCGGGUUCGUGGUGGGAUUCGUGGUGGCGUUCUACUUCCCGCACGUGUUCGUCUUCGCCCGAAGGCUCCAUCCAUAUGUCUACCGCAUCUGUUGAUAUGGAAACUCGCAACUUGUUAUGUAAUGAUGAUUCCAACACUUUUCACUUCUGAAAUGAUUUUGGGGCAUCAUGCAAACCAAA